CAUGGCGGAAUGUGCUCAAUUUUUAGAAGAUUCUGAUGAAUAUCGUCAACGGUUUCAAGUGGAACUGGAAUUUGUUCAAUGCCUGGCAAACCCUCAUUACUUAAACUUUCUUGCCCAGAGAGGAUAUUUCAAGGAUUCCUCGUUUGUAAAUUAUUUGAAAUAUCUCUUAUAUUGGAAGAAGCCUGAAUAUGCGAAAUUCCUGAAGUACCCACAGUGUCUGUUCUUCUUAGACUUGCUUCAGUAUGAACACUUCAGACGAGAGCUGGUGAAUGUUCCGUGUGCAAAGUUUAUUGAUGAACAACAGUUGCUACACUGGCAGUAUUACUCCAGCCGUAGAAGAGCGGUAGGAAUGCCACCCGCCACAGGACAACAACAGCAACAACAACCACCUCAACAAAACACUAAUACCUUGUAAAGUAAUCUGCUCCUAAUAGAGUUGCCUGGCUAGGAAUAUUUCAUGCCCUCUUUCUACAGUUUAAACCGGAUGUUUUUGACUUGUUAUCAAUAACUCUAUCCCAGAGUCAUGUCAUGAGUGUCAUCAUCUUUUUACGAUGAACUUGGGCCAAGAAAAGAUGGUUUGUCUAAUAGUCUGUCAGUGUAUCAACAUGAGAAAAUGAUAGAUGAAUCUGACACGUAACUCUGAGAGAGAGAGUACAAGUACAGUUGUACUAGUCGUGUCUGCUGUCACUCGUUUCAUUAGCAACGUUACAUUUGCAAAAACAUGAGCAAAAACUCGCUUCAAGAAACAAUUUCGUGCCCUGCCGGUCAGGCACACUAAACUAGCAAAAAUAGUCGCUUAGGUAAACAGUCUCUGGUUAUAUUGAACUGAGAUGAAAUGAUAGAAGAUAUUGACGCAGAGAUAGCAAGCCGAGAUGAGACAAUGACAUAAGGCUACAAUUACAAGUCGUCGCUCUUCGCCGGCAUGACGUCUACAGGGCGAUAUUGCCAUUGGUUGAUUGCCAUACGUGCGUCAACGAUCGUAAAUGCUCGUGUCUGUGUCGGCUGCAGAGGAAAUCAAGUUCUCUUGAUAACGCUACAUAAUUUUAUUUGUGCUUACACUUGUAA